AUGACCUGCCAUAGAGGUGUUGCCUACGAUUACUUACUGGUAAUUGAAACAGAUCAGUGGCCGGGUGAUCAGCAGGGAUUAGGAGAGGCUUUGCAUCCGUUGCCUUCUAUAGACACUCAGGAUAUGGAGGUGGCGUAUGGUGCCUCAGGCAGUAGCCAUCCCUAUGGGUCAGCAGGGAACAUCUUUGUGGUGAGCCUGGCGGUCGCCGACCUGGUGGUGGCCGUGUACCCGUACCCCUUGGUGCUGACGUCCAUCCUGAACGACGGCUGGAACCUGGGCUACCUGCACUGCCAAGUCAGCGGCUUCCUCAUGGGCUUGAGCGUCAUCGGCUCCAUCUUCAACAUCACGGGCAUCGCCAUCAACCGCUACUGCUACAUCUGCCACAGCCUCCGGUACGACCGGCUGUACAGCAACAAGAACUCGCUCUGCUGCGUGCUCCUGAUCUGGAUCCUGACGCUCGCGGCCAUCGCGCACCUGCGCAUCGGGACCCUGCAGUACGACCCGCGCAUCUACUCCUGCACCUUCGCGCAGUCCGUCAGCUCCGCCUACACCAUCGCCGUGGUGGUCUUCCACUUCCUGGUCCCCAUGGUCAUCGUCGUCUUCUGCUACCUGAGAAUCUGGAUCCUGGUCCUGCAGGUCCGACGGAGGGUGAAACCUGACCACAAACCCAGACUGAAGCCGCAGGACUUCAGGAACUUCGUCACCAUGUUCGUGGUCUUCGUGCUGUUUGCCAUUUGCUGGGCUCCCCUGAACCUCAUCGGCCUCGCCGUGGCCUCAAACCCGGCCGGCAUGGUUCCCAGGAUCCCAGAGUGGCUGUUCGUGGCCAGUUACUACAUGGCGUAUUUCAACAGCUGCCUCAACGCCAUCAUCUACGGGCUGCUGAACCAGAACUUCAGGAAGGAGUACAGGAGGAUCAUCGUCUCCCUGUGCACAGCCAGGAUGUUCUUCGUGGAGAGCACCAACGAUGGGGCAGGCAGGGUGAAAUGCAAACCCUCUCCACUAAGGACCAACAAUCACCUCAUAAAGGUGGACUCCGUUUGA